CCCCACAUCAAAGAGACCAGAAAAGGCCGAAUCCCCGGUCAGCGACGGGGGCACCAGCCGCCGCGGCGGCCAAAAAACCAAAAAUCCGCGCCUCGCCUCAAAAGCCCACGAAAAACUUCUGGAAAUCGGAGCGCGACCGAGGAGGCCAACACCACCACCGGGCACCACCACCACACCACCACGCGGCCACUAGCGCACGCGCGCGCGGGGGGUUCACGCGGCGGACACAUGCCGUGCGCCCCUUCCACCUCCACUCCGGCCCGCUUCCUCUCCGCCGCCGCCGCAGCAUCGGGCUUGGUUGGUUCGCCCCCGGCGUGGCGGCGCGGGGGGCGAUCGAUCGCGCGGGAGAAACCCUAGCUGAGCUACUGGAGUGGGUAUUAACUACGGCGGCUUUAAUACUGGGAGGGGCUCGAUGCAGAACCACGCGUACAGCCGGCUUGGGAGCGGCGGCGGCGGGGCCGUGCCGUCGCCGCCGUCUUCGCCGCGGUGGGGGCCGGGGAGGAGGUCGACGGUGAAGGGCGGGUUGGGGAGGGCCGGGGCGGGCGGCGCCGGCGCCGGCGCCGUGCGUGGCGGAGGCGUCGUGCGGAGGGCGGCGAGGGCGGUGCUCGCCGCUCUGCUGCGGCGGCAGGCGGUCUUCCUCUUCGCUCCGCUGCUGUACGUGGCGGCGAUGCUGCUCUAUAUGGGCUCCAUCUCUCUGGACAGCGUGCCCCGAAUCAUCUCGCGCCCGGCGCUCGGUUCUCUGUACCGCAGCCCGCAGCUCUACGCCCGCCUGCGCGCCGACAUGGACGCUGACAACGCCACUGACGCUCUAGCAACUGUAUGGAGACAUGCUUACAAGGGUGGCAUUUGGCGACCUUGCAUAAACAAUAAUAUCUAUGAUUUGCCUGAAUCGAAUGGCUACAUAUAUGUGGAGGCUAAUGGUGGUUUGAAUCAGCAAAGGGCAUCGAUAUGCAAUGCUGUUGCGGUUGCUGGUUUUCUAAAUGCAACUCUUGUGAUCCCGAACUUUCACUAUCACAGCAUCUGGAGGGAUCCUAGCAAAUUUAGUGAUAUUUAUGAUGAGGAACACUUUCUCCAACGGUUGAAAAAUGAUGUCCGUGUAGUUGACAAGGUGCCUGAGUUUAUUAUGGAGAGAUUUGGUCACAAUUUGAGUAAUGUAUUUAAUUUCAAGAUAAAGGCUUGGUCUCCUAUCCAAUACUACAAAGAUGCUGUUCUUCCUAAGUUGAUCGAAGAAAGGCUCAUAAGGAUAUCACCUUUUGCAAACCGAUUGUCAUUUGAUGCUCCAUCAGCUGUUCAACGGUUGAGAUGUCUGGCUAAUUUUGAAGCCUUAAAGUUUUCUAAACCAAUCACAACUUUAUCUGACAUUUUAGUAUCUCGAAUGAGAGAAAAAAGUGCUGAAAACAAUGGGAAAUAUGUAGCGGUGCAUCUCCGUUUUGAAGAGGAUAUGGUUGCAUUCUCUUGUUGUGUCUUUGAUGGUGGUGAAGAGGAGAAGAUGGAACUGGAUGCAGCCAGGGAGAGGGGUUGGAGAGGAAAGUUUACUAGGCCAGGACGUGUAAUAAAGCCUGGAGCAAUAAGAAUGAAUGGGAAAUGCCCGCUUACACCUUUGGAGGUUGGGUUAAUGCUUCGCGGGAUGGGUUUCAGCAAUAACACUGCAAUAUAUUUGGCUUCUGGAAGGAUAUAUAAAGCAGAGAAGAACAUGGCACCUCUCCUUGAAAUGUUUCCUCUUUUGCAGACAAAAGAAACAUUGGCAUCAGAUGAAGAACUUGCUCCAUUCAAGAAUUUCUCCUCAAGGAUGGCAGCUAUCGACUACAGUGUCUGUGUUCAUAGUGAGGUUUUUGUGACUACUCAAGGUGGAAAUUUUCCUCACUUCCUUCUUGGUCAUAGGAGAUACCUUUAUGGUGGUCAUUCGAAGACAAUUAAGCCUGAUAAAAGAAGAUUGGCCAUACUCUUCGAUAGUCCACGUAUCGGAUGGAAGUCACUAAAACGUCAAUUGGUGAACAUGAGAACACACAGCGAUGCCAAGGGUAUUGAAAUGAAAAGAGCAAAUGAAUCUAUAUACACCUUUCCAUGCCCUGACUGCAUGUGCCGAUCCAACAAAUCAGAACACUCUAAACCCAUCCAGGCUAGAUAGCAUAGUCAUGACUUGUUUGACUGACCCUGAUUCUUUUUGGCACCAUAGCAUGUGCUCAUUCUUUGCUUGCCGUCUGGUGGUGUGAUGUCCGGUCUCCAAGCACCCCUACUGCAGCGUUGCUCAUCUAUUACAGUCCCCAGGUGGAUUUUGCGGAUAUGUCAGGUUCAUUUCAGCUAGGCUGAUCCUCGGGCUAACAAUAGACUGAUCUGUGUCCCAAUAGAUGUGUCUCUAACCCUUUCUAGGUCUGUUCCCUGACAAAGUAGUGCAGUGCCAGCCGGCUUGAUGUAAUAGUAGUUCCAUUGUACAUUUCUCAGCUAGGAAGAAUGCCAUACAAAUUUUGAGAA